UUCCCUUCACUUCUGUUUCACUCUUCAACUUUAUUUAUAUCCCAAAAAACUCAAGGAAAUGUCUUAUUUUGCUUCUUCCCCAACAAAAAUGAUGCCUAAAGUCUCAAUCUUGUGCUGUUUUUUUCAUGGUUUAGGAUUAGCUUAAUUGCGCAGAAAAAUUAAGGAGAAGAAGAGGUAGCUUUGUUCUAAAGGAGAGAUUUUGAGAACUCGAAAACAGGAAUUAUGGGGAGUAAAUGGAGGAAGGCGAAGUUGGCUCUUGGGUUCAACAUGUGUUUGUAUGUGCCGGAAAAGCUUGGAGAAUCAUCCCCUUCAUCAUCAUCGGCCGCCAUUAAUGGCCGCCAUCAUCUGGAUGUUGUUCCCUCAAGAUUCUCCUCCGACGCCGCUUCCACUUCCCCCCUUUCUCCGCCGGGGAUAGACUGCCGGCCCACCACACCCACCCCAUCUUCUUCCGGGCUCCGGUUACCCAAAUCUGGGACUAGAGCAUCAAAGAGAACUUGUGCAAUCUGUCUAGCAACGAUGAAACCUGGUCAAGGCCAUGCGAUUUUUACUGCAGAGUGUUCCCAUUCUUUCCAUUUUCACUGCAUUACCUCUAAUGUAAAACAUGGCAACCAGAUGUGUCCAGUUUGCAGAGCCAAAUGGAAAGAAAUCCCCUUCCAGAGCCCUGCAUCUGAUCAUCCAAAUGGAAGGUUAGGGAUCAAUCCAGUAGAUUGGCCCCGUGAAGAUAACUGGAUGACUGUUUUACGACAGUUUCCUCCUCCUCGGCUAGAUUCAUCUAGGCAAAUUACUUCUCUUUUCCAUGCUCCAGAGCCAGGAAUCUUUAAUGAUGAUGAAGUCUUAGAUCAGCAGAAUGUGACUACCGAAGGAAAUACACUUAUAAAGGAUCCUGUGUGUAGUGAUUCUAUUGAUACAAUAGAAGUCAAAACAUAUCCAGAAAUUUCGGCAGUUCCUAGAGCAACCCCUCAUAAUAAUUUUGCUGUACUGAUUCAUCUCAAGGCUCCUCAUAGAAAUGGAGGACAAAAUAGCUGUGGAAACCAGAGUACAUUAGCAUCAGUAUCUCAAAAUACUCGUGCCACAGUUGACCUUAUCACGGUGCUUGAUGUCAGUGGCAGCAUGUCAGGUACCAAGCUUGCUUUGCUAAAACGAGCUAUGGGUUUUGUGAUACAGAACCUGGGCCCCUCUGACCGGCUUUCUGUCAUAGUCUUCUCGUCUACAGCGCGUCGCCUCUUUCCUCUUCGUCGGAUGACUGAGACUGGGCGACAGGAAGCAUUGCAGGCUGUUAACUCUCUGACUUCAAAUGGAGGGACAAACAUUGCUGAAGGACUUAGGAAAGGUGCCAAGGCGUUAGUGGAUCGCAAGUGGAAGAACCCAGUUGGCAGUAUCAUUCUGUUAUCUGAUGGGCAGGAUACAUAUACGAUUACAAGUCCUAGUGGGGACCGACCCAGAACUAAUUAUAAAUCACUUCUUCCAGUCUCCACUCAUCGGGAUGGUGGUGCUGGCUUCCACAUCCCUGUGCAUGCAUUUGGGUUUGGUGCAGACCAUGAUGCUGUUUCAAUGCAUUCGAUCUCUGAGAUAUCCGGAGGUACAUUUUCUUUCAUAGAAGCUGAGGGUGUGAUCCAGGAUGCGUUUGCACAGUGCAUUGGAGGGCUGUUAAGUGUAGUAGUGCAAGAAGUGUCUGUUAAAGUGGAGUGCGUUCAUCCAGAAAUGCAAAUUAGUUCAAUAAAGGCUGGCAAUUACCGAACCAGCAUGAUGGCUGACUCAAGAUCAGGUUCUGUUGAUGUUGGAGACUUGUAUGCUGAAGAAGAAAGGGAUUUUUUGGUGGCAGUCAAUAUUCCAGUCAAUGGAUCCAGUGAAGAGAUGUCAUUACUAAAGGUUCAAUGUGUUUACAGGGACCCUAUUACCAAGGAAACCGUGUCUUUAGAAGAAGCCAGUGAAGUGAGGAUCCAGAGGCCUGCAAUGGUUAUGCAACCGGAAGUGUCUAUGGAAGUAGACAGGCAGCGGAACAGGCUCCGUGCAGCAGAGGCAAUAGCUGAGGCUAGAGCUGCUGCUGAGAAUGGUGAUCUAGCUAAUGCUGUCUCUCUACUUGAGAGCUGUCGUAGGGCUUUAUCUCAAACAAUCUCUGCCCAGGCUGGUGACAGGUUAUGCACUGCACUAUGUGCUGAGCUAAAGGAGAUGCAAGAAAGGAUGGCAAACCGCCGCAUAUAUGAGGCAUCGGGAAGGGCUUACGUGCUGUCAGGAUUGAGCUCACAUUCAUGGCAGAGGGCAACUGCAAGAGGUGACUCCACUGAUAGCACAAGUCUUGUGCAAGCUUACCAGACCCCUUCCAUGGUUGACAUGGUUACCCGUUCUCAAACCAUGGUAUUUGGGAACCCUCAAUCUCAACGAAAACUUAGACAAGUUCAGUCAUUCCCUGGUCGUCCUGAACCAAGGUAAUACAUUGGAGCAAACCUUUGAAAAACCAUCCUCACCCGUAUUCAUUUUUUUGCAUCCGGAAGACCUUUUUGUUUUAGUGAUUUCCUUUUCCUUCUAUUUUCAUGGUUUGGGAAGCUGGGUAUAAACUUGAGAAAUGUAAACAGGUUGGGUGUUUUGACAUGGUGGGUAUAUGUUCUUGUUUUGUUAUGUACAUGAAUAAGAACUUGGGACAACUAAGGACUGGUUUGAAGAGGGAAAUAUUCAUGGUGAAGAAAAAAUGAAAAGUAAGAGAAUUAGGGGGUUUUUUGGGUCAUGGGAUAGUGUACAUAGCAAGGGAAAUUGUGUUUUUGUUUCCCAUAGGAGGAUGGGGGUAUAGCCAUGGAUACAAUGGGGGUGAAUUCUUCUUUUAAAUUUUUUUUUUCUAUGGUAAUAUCCAAAAACAACUAUACAGUACUAGGGUGAGUCUCGCUCAACAUGUCAGCUUCUCUUAAAUAUGAUAUAUCUAGUUUUAAUUUGUUCCA